CGGCUUGCUAUUAGCUGUAGUAUGUAAAUUCCCAUCGUCGUUUUCUUCCAUCUGGAUUCAUAUAUAAAGCCCACAAAGUUCACACUAUCACCACAACAUAUAUCCAAUUGUAUAAUCAUACAAUUAAUAGAAAAAACUAUGGCCACAUUGACUUGCUCAAAAUAUUCAGCUGCCCUUCUUAUAUUUCUCUAUGGCUUGACCUUUACAUUCUCAGUAGUGAGGGCACGACCAGCCACCUUUUUACAGGAUUUUAAAGUCACUUGGUCUGACACUCACAUAAAACAACUCGAUGGAGGCCGUGGAAUUCAGCUUAUUCUAGACCAAAAUUCAGGAUGUGGAUUUGCUUCGAGGAGCAAAUAUUUGUUUGGACAAGUAAGCAUGAAGAUCAAGCUCGUUCCUGGUGACUCCGCAGGAACCGUCACUGCCUUUUACAUGAACUCGGACACUGAUAAUGUCAGAGACGAACUUGACUUCGAAUUCUUGGGAAACAGGACAGGGCAGCCGUACACUGUUCAGACUAAUGUUUAUGUCCAUGGAAAAGGUGACAAGGAACAAAGGGUCAACCUUUGGUUCGACCCAUCAGCUGAUUUUCACACCUACACCAUUCUUUGGAACCACCAUCACGCCGUGUUCUCCGUGGACGGAAUACCCAUUAGAGCGUACAAGAACAACGAAGCAAAAGGAAUCCCAUUCCCCAAAUUUCAAGCCAUGGGAGUUUACUCAACAUUGUGGGAAGCUGACGACUGGGCAACAAGGGGUGGCUUAGAGAAAAUAAAUUGGAGCAAAGCUCCAUUUUACGCAUACUACAAGGACUUUGACAUAGAGGGAUGUGCAAUGCCAGGACCAGCAAAUUGUGCCUCUAACCCACGCAAUUGGUGGGAAGGAGCUGCCUACCAACAACUCAGCCCUGUACAAGCAAGGCAAUAUCGUUGGGUUCGUAUGAACCAUAUGAUUUAUGAUUACUGCACCGAUAAAUCGAGAAACCCCGUCCCCCCACCUGAGUGUAGGGCUGGAAUUUGAAAAUUUCAAACUCGUCCUUAAUUGUGUAUACAUUAUAAGGGGGAAAUUUGAUUUUUUUUUUUUUUCCGUUGAUAUGGACAGUCAAGCUUAUGUCAUAAUGCUCCGCUGUUAUAUUGUACGUAUGAUUUUAAGACUUGGGCUAAAAGUCAGAUGUCGUUUAAUUGCUGUAAUGUAUUGUUGUCUGUAUGUGUUGUACACUGUACGAGUACAGAGAGCCAAUAAUGUUUCUUCUUGUUUGAUUGAGAAA